GGGAUGGUUCAGCAUUUAUUCGUUUCUAGUGAAACUAAGCAUACAAUUGUGUACUCAUGCAGUCAGAUGGUCUAGCAAUUUAAAGUAACGUCAAUAAGCCCUCUUUCCAGAAAUAUUGACAACACGUAGUCAGUAAAUCCAAAGUACGUUGGUGGGGUGGAAGUUCGACAGUCCAAGUAUGAUCGCAUAGUCUGUUGGUACCAACUGUUAUACAUCCAAGCACUGUAUAUCAUCUCACAACCCUCGGUUCUACGACCAUUUUCCAUUUCCUACUCCCAAGAAACCAAGAAAUAAUGGCCACAAUCCUGUUCAACGAAGGCCACCCGGGUCCAAAAUACGCCCAAGAUGCCCCAACCAAAAAACAGCUUCUACACAACAUCAUCGACGGCAUAGCCCGAACACGACCCAAUGCACUCUAGGCCGUAAUUCCCGUCUCAUUCACCAGCUACUCUGAAGGUUUUCGAAAAGUCACAUAUUCCGCGCUUGCAAAUACCGUGAAUGGUAUUGCGUGGUGGUUAACCGAUCAGCUUGGUUCUGGAUUCGGAAAGGAUUUCCCAACUAUUUGUUACAUGGGUUGGAAUGACCUGAUAUAUGUGACUAUGGUCUUAGGAGCCGUGAAAGCUGGCUAUAAAAUACUUCUGGUCUCGCUUUAUAACAGUAAUGAGGGAAACAUCGGCCUAUUCAACGCAUUAGACUGCCAAGUUUUAACAACUACAGAUCCUGUUCCACUAGGAGUGCCCGUAUUACUUGAAAGCAUGCCCAAACUACGCACCAUUACCGUUCCAAAUGUCAACGAGCUGUUAGAUAACAGUUACCAACAUUUUCCCUUCAUCAAAACUUUCAAUGAGGCGAAGAGUGAACCUCUAGUCUGUCUCCACACAUCCGGAACGACCGGUCUACCAAAACCUGUUAUCUAUCCUCACGACUUUGUAUCGACAUAUAUGAGAAUUGCGCAAUUGGCUUCUUCUGAGGGAUUUGAAUCGAGAGAGAAAGAGUACCAAGGCACACGAGUAUCAAGCAUAAACGCACUAUCCGAAUCACUAGCUAAUCAAAACAUCGUCAUAUUCCCUCUACCAAUGGAACGAGUUACCGCCUCAUCGCUAGUCGAGAUUAUGAAGCACACGCCAGUAGACGCACUAUGUGCACCUCCAUGGAUGGUGCACGAGAUCGCAACCAAUCCCAAAAUCUUAGAAGAAUUGGUUUCUCGUAAACUCGACGCUAUCUGGUAUGGCGGCGGCGAUUUACCCCAACAAUUCGGCGAUAUCAUAACCUCUGAAUUCAAAUUCUGGAAUUCGAACGGAUCUACGGAAACAUCCCCAUUUCCAAAUAUCUACAAGUCAGGAGAAUGGCCGGCAGAAGAUUGGAAAUACCAAUGUACUCAUCCUGCUGCAGGGUUGGAAUAUCGAGUUUUCUCAGAUGAUGACCAGCUUUAUGAAGCAGUUAUCGUACAAAAUUCCGAUACUGGGUUUGAACAACCAGUGUUCAAGCAUUAUCCGGAUUUGAAGGAGUAUUCUACCAAGGAUUCAUUCUCUCCUCAUCCCACAAAGGAAGGUUUAUGGACAUACCGUGGGCGUACUGACGACAUGAUUUUGGUGGUCGUGGAUAACGUGGCAACUCUUAUGGUUCCCGCUGGGAACUUUUUCAACGAGAGAUUUGCAACAAAAACCGCCCUUCUUGUUGAUCUGAAAGACAGCGUUGAUGCGACGGCGCUUGGCUACAGAGAAAGGCUGAUCGAAGAAAUUUGGAUUAUUGUUAAUGGUAUCAAUGAGAAAUACCGAGAGGAAGCUUGGGUGCGGAAGGAAUGCAUCAUUAUUGCCAACCCACAGAAAUCCCUUCCCAGAAACCCAAAAGGUUCUAUUCAGCGGGCUGGAGCUAUGAAAUUGUAUGCACAGGAGCUAGAGAGUCUCUGA